UUGGUUUCCCAGUAAUGUGGGAGGGAAAAAGGAACCAACUCAGAAACAAGAUACAGAGACACAAGAUGCAGCCUGUCUUCCUUGAAAUCUGAUCCUUGGAGGUUGAAAGUUAGAUAAGCAUUUCUGUUUAUAAGUACCCACACACCCUUUUGCUGCUAUUUCAGGCUCUGAGCAGUAAGCAGAAAUGAAGCUGGUCUGGUGGCUGUCCCUCCUCCUGGUCUUUUGGGGCUCGUUUCUGGUGGAUGGAGGGAAAACUCCCGGCCCUCCCCGGGUCCUCACCCAAAACGGAGAACUCCAAGGACAGCGGAUCAGGGUGCGAGGAGCUGAGAGGGAUGUGGAGGUUUUCCUCGGAAUUCCCUACGCAAAAUCCCCAAUUGGAUCUUUGCGGUUUUCCCCUCCGCAACUGGCAGAACCCUGGACUGGUCUCAGAGACGCAACUUCUUACCCACCCAUGUGCCUGCAGGAUCCGCUGGUGGGACAAGCUCUCUCAGAUGCCUUUGCUAACUCAGGGCAAAGGAUCUCCUUGCGCAUCGCGGAGGACUGCUUGUACCUGAACGUCUACGUGCCGGCCCAAACUCCUAAGGCAGAGCCGUUACCAGUGAUGGUCUGGAUCCAUGGUGGAGGACUUCUGCUGGGCGCAGCGUCCACAUAUGAUGGGUCUGUUUUGUCUGCUUACGAAAAUGUAGUGGUGGUGGCGAUCCAGUACCGCUUGGGCAUUCUUGGGUUUUACAGCACUGGAGAUGAGCAUGCUCGAGGGAACUGGGGCCUGCUGGAUCAAGUGGCAGCUCUGCAGUGGAUCCAGGAGAACAUUGCAAAUUUUGGGGGUGAUCCGGGAUCAGUUACCAUAUUUGGGAAUUCAGCAGGUGGAUUCAGCUCUUCUGCCCAUGUGUUAUCCCCUCUGUCCAAAGGCUUGUUCCACAAAGCAAUUUCAGAAAGUGGUGUUGCUGUAAUAGACGUGGUGUUCCAUGCCCAUCCAGAAAAGCUGGCUAAGAAAAUUGCUGGAUCAAUUAGCUGCCCUACCUCCAGUUCGGCUGAGAUGGUUCGCUGCCUCAGGGGGAAAACAGAGAGUGAAAUCUUAUUGGCUACUCUGAAGAUGGAUUUUACCCGGCUGCAUCUGGGUGGAGAAGAACAGCAUAUUAUCCUUUUCCCUGCAGUAGUUGACGGUCAAUUUUUUCCGAAGAGUCCCAGAGAGCUCUUAGCAGAAAAAAACUUCAAUAAUCUUCCAUACAUCAUUGGGGUGAAUGAUGAUGAAUUUGGGUGGAUUCUUCCUCAGCUUCUCCAGUUUCCAGACUUCACGAAGGGACUUGACAGAGAGACCGUGAAUCUCCUGCUACGCAGCUCAGAGCAACUCACAAGAGUGGCUCCUCAGGAUCUCCCUCUGGUUGCUGAUGAAUAUCUCCAGGAUCUGCAGAACCCGGUACAACUCCGAGAUCAAUUCCUGGCUUUAUUGAGGGAUGCCGUAUUCCUUGCUCCAGCCAUUCUUACUGCCAGGCAUCACCGAGCCUUCAGGUGCAGACUUUCGGAGUUUGCUACCCUCCAAUUUUCUGACAGUAGUUUACAAUCAGGAAACCAUCCCCCCAAAAUGGACAUAUCCAGGAGGGCAAAGAAGGGUUGGGGCUUGGGAGCUGAUGCUGGCUAUCCGGCCUAUGUUUAUGAAUUGCAGCAUCGUUCGAGUGAACACAGCAGCCUUAGGCCAGACUUUGCUAAAGUGGAUCAUGGGGAUGAAAUUGCUUUUGUCUUUGGAAAGCCCUUCUUCACAGGGCCAGCAUGUCAGAGUUCUGCUUCUCCUCUCUGUCGUCAUCCUGCCUUCUUCUGGAGGAGCAGGACCCAGAUCUCUGCUCUGGCUGGAGGUUCAGAUCCAAAAGGGCCCGGGGAAUAUCUGGUGUCCAUCCAGACUAUCGUCCCACACGAGGCCUUUGACGAGAUAACCCUGGUGCACAAUAUCGCUCUGCUGGAGACAAGCACUCCGCUCCAUUUCAGCGUGACCGUGCAGCCCAUCUGCUUCCCCACCCCGGACUUCCCAGGGGCAACGCUGAAGAAAUGCUUUGUGGCCGGCUGGCCGGAGCCUCAAGGAGGGACUGGUCCUCUGCAGAAACUCUCGGUGGAAGAUGUCGACCCCUGCCCCUUGCACAGAACGGUCAGCACGGAGUGUUGCAGCCAUCGGGAAGGUGACCGAGCGCCUGGAUGCCUGGGCUCAGCCGGCAACCCGGUCCUGUGUGAGGCGGACGGAAGGUGGGUGCUGAAGGGCCUGCUGAGCGAAGGGGGUGCCAGAUGCUAUGGGCCCUUUCUCUACAGCCGGCUCAUCUACUACAGUGACUGGAUUGUGGCCACCAUGGCCAAAGGGAGGGCCCCAGCAUCCCCCUUUCCUGGCCAAAGGCAUCCAGCCUUUAGGGGCCCAGCGGAGGAACAGGCGGGGCGGCUGUUUGAACCCUUUUUGGUGCUGAGAGCCCUGAAUGUCUCCAAUGUUUCAGAAGACCCCCUUAGCCUGAACCUUUCGGAGGAGCUGGGUGAGGGCAUCCAGCCAGAAGGGCCCCCCGAGGCACGAGCAAACCCUCCAGUCUACUAUGACUACUAUGGGGGGGAGCUGCUCGCCAUCUCUUCCACAAAGAUCAGCCAACCACGGGGGCUGCGGGGUCUUCUCUGCAUGGGCUUCCUGCUGCACCUCCUGGCUUCAUGAACUGCUGGCCAACCAGACUAUUCCUGGGCCCCCGAGAUCAGAUUUCUCUUGGGAGAUCCUUUUAUCCUCCUUGGUCUUCUUGCCUUGAGAAGUUGGGAGAUCAUGAGAGGGAAGAACACAAAGCAUCAACCCUGGGAAGUUUCAUGAAAGCCUGUCUUUGCGUGCCUCAUGCAGGGCUUUGACCCCAUGGCCACAGCUAGGUGUCCCCAUCCAUUAAAUCCUUUUAUUGUCCUAUUAUUAAUGAGAUGUGCCUUUACUUGAGCUUUCAGCCAGGACGGAGAGCUGCCUGCUGCUAAACUGGGACCAGGGGUGCAAAAAGCCAUGUUAUAUCUGCGCCCCCUGAGCCAGGCCCCCUGCCAGAAAGUGACUUGGAAAGUGAGGGGGAAGGGCUAUCAGGACUUAUCUCUGGAGCACUGGCUCCUCUGGCUCAGCUCCAGGAGCCAGAGGCAGGCCAGGUAGAGGAGAUAAUGAGGCCUCCAUCCCCUGACUCUCCCUCCCAGGCCACGCCUCCAGACCCGGCUGCUGGCAAUCAGGCCUGGCUAGAUCCCAGGUUUCGGAGAUACAAGAGGCGGCUACAACAAAGGAAGGGGUGUGGCAGGCCUAGAGAGUGCUGAGUCACGGAGACACACCCCAGAGAGUAUAAAAGCUGCUCUUCUGCUCCGUGACAAGCAAAAAUUGAGCUGAACUCUUUGACUCGUGGAGAAUUGAGCUGAACAUUCAGCCUGGAUUGCUGACUUCCUGGUUGCCCGGCAACCCCAAGAUAAGGGAGACUUUGGCAGGCAGCUGCAGAUUCCCUGCCAAAACUGAUAGCAGCCGUGAACUCAAUUACUGGCUCAUUUAGCCAGCUCGCGUGGCUGAGGCGAGGAGGGGACAGAACACCAUCCCUCCCAUGGUCCCCAAAGGUGGAGAUUCCUGUGACACCUUGUACCAAUUAUGGAUUUGGUCCAUGACUUUUCACUUUUAGGGCAUAACUCUGAGCUGCAACCUCAUGCCUGAGAUGUUUGGAUUUUUCCCCUGAUCUCUGGAUUUUAAAACAUCUCUUGCCUAAUGAAAUUCUGGAGAACAAACUCCUCCAUGGGGGGGUCCUUGGUGCUCCCUGAGCUUGGCUGUUUGCUUGCAGAUGUUUCCAUUACCCAAACUCAUUUCAACCCUGAGCUACAAAUAUUCUCCUUCAAUGCAACUCUUCCAUCUUCUUGGAAUGCCAAUUUGGUUAGAUGACCUGUAAAGCAGAGGUGAAAUUCAGCCGGUUUUAUCCGGCUCGGGUGAACUGGUAGCGGCUGCUGCGAGAGGCUCCGCCCACCCACAAGGACAUCAUGAUGUCACUUUUUUGUGACAUUUUAAACCUCUGUGCAUGCGCAGGCAGCUUUGUGUAUGCGUGGAUGACGGCGCACACGAGUGAAGCGAGCACACACAUGGCAUAAGCACAUUUGUGAACCGUUUAGGGAAGGUAAGUGAAUUUCACCUCUGCUGUAAAGGCACCUUUGGCUGCCAUCUCUGCCCUCCUGUUCAGCAGAGUGCCCUUUAGCACAUGUCACUGAACCUGUCUGCAGAUGCCCAAAGGCUGCACCUGGGUGUUUGUGCCACUGUUCUCCAGCAAUUAGAAAACAAAUCAGAAACACAGUCUAGCAACAUAUAUUUUUAAAUGAAGUUUUUAAGUGGGGUUUAGUUGGAGUUUCUAGUACGUAGAACGAUCAGUGGAACAGCUUGUCUUCAGAAGAUGUGGGUUUCCCAAUAUUGGGACUUUUAAGAAGAGAACGGACAACCAUUUGUCCCGAAUGUUAUAGGGUCUCCUGCUAGCAGGGGGUUGGACCAGGGGUGAAAUGUAAAAUUUGUUACUACCAGUUCUGUGGGCGUGGCUUGGUGGUGGUGGGUUAAUGUGACUGGGUGGGCUUUUUUUAAUCUUUUAAAAGCAUUUUUUUAAAACCUCUUCGGCUGAAGAGGUUGCAGAAAAAAUGCUUUUAAAGGGUUCUGACGAUCCCAGCUGAGCCGCGAGAUCAUCAGAGACAUUUUUUUUACUUUUAAAAGCAUUUUUUCAGCCAAAGAAAAAAUGCUUUUAAAAGUUAAAAAAACCCCAACCUCUAAUGAUCACGCAGCUCAGCUGGGCAUGGGGGAGGCAGGGAUUUUUGCUACCAGUUCUCUGAACCAUCUGCCGCCAUCGCUACCGGAUCAGGUGAUCUGGUCCGAACCGGGAGCAUUUCACCCCUGGGUUGGACUAGAAGACCUCCAAGGUCCCUUUCAGCCCUGUGAUUCUUAUAGAAGCCAAGAGCUACAGGACAGAAAGUCCUGGGAUUUCUCUGCUUGGCACUGUUGCCCUUCUUAGGGCAGCCCUGGGAGCUGGAGGUUUGGGGGGUGCUAUCUCUGCGGUCCAUUUGGGUCUUAAGGGGUUAGGCUUGACCCUGCUCAUGUCCAAAAGACCAGGAGGGAGGAGAUGCAGCCCCCAUUUUCUUUCUUGCAUCCAUGCUCUGCACCCUCUUCCUCAAGGGCACCAGGUGGCUCAUCUGAUGCAGCUGAAGGUCAUGGGGUUGGGGGGUUGGGAAAGGGAUGGACUAGUUGCCUUUCAUUUCUGAUUGUAAAUUCCUAAUGAAUCCACUUGCAUUUAUUCUCAGACCUUUGGUCAGAUAUUUUCUUUGUACAGGCCAAGAAAAAAUGGGGUUAUAUAACUCUAUAAGUUUUUCAAUUCAACAUUUCUUUGCAUUCUCAUAUUUUAGCUUUUUUCCCCAUUUCAACAUGUUUAACUUAUGACAUGUAAAUUUAAAACAUGCAUCUCCUGCUGAAGAUUUCUCACCAUGAAAUUUCACACAAGAUUUUAAAUAUUCCGGACACUUUUCGAUGCUGCCUCCAACCUACCAGUUUUGUUUUGUUUUAGUGUUUCUCCACAGAAAAGUAGCCUGUGCUGGAAAGUUCUGACCCAGGAUGGUAUCCUCGGACAAUGUUGACAACUGUAGACCUCACCCCAUUCCUAAGAGGUCUGUAAGAGGCGUACAUAAGCACACCGAUGUGCCUACUGUCCCUGUCCUAAUGGUCCCUUUUUUUUGUACCGAUUUCGUGUAUUCUUAAUCAUGUUUAUACUUUUAUCUGUUAUCUUAUCUAUGCUUGACAAAAUAAAUAAAUUGUGGA